GAGAAGCUAUGCUGGCCAUUCUUCAACAAGUCCAUGAAGACGACCACUUUGCCAUCAUCCUGUUUGAUUCUGUUAUUGAAACCUGGAAGGAUUCACUUACCAAAGCAACAAAGGAAAACAUAACUGAAGCCAUGAAUUACAUCAAAAGAAUACAUAGCAGAGGAGCAACCAAUAUUAAUGAUGCAGUGUUGACAGCUGUAAACAUGCUGGUCAAAGACAGACAGAUGGAGAGGCUACCAGAUAGAAGUGCAGAUAUGAUUAUAUUACUGACUGAUGGAAUGCCAAAUGAGGGAGAGCGCAACACUGGCAAGAUCCAGGAGAAUAUGCGUACAGCUAUUGGGGGAAAAAUGUCUCUGUACUGUCUUGGAUUUGGAAAUGAUGUGGAUUAUUCCUUCCUGGAUGUGAUGAGCAAACAAAACAAAGGCCUGGCCCGCAGAAUCUUUGAAGCUUCAGAUGCUGCUGCUCAGCUCCAGGUGCGAGUUCCUCUUCCACACUAAUCUGUGUAGCUCCCUUAUUUAGAAACCUUUAGAGAAUAACUUCUUCCACAGUGUAACCUCGUGUGCUUUAUCCAAGCAUACUUUCUGCUAAAUCACCUGCAAAUUAUAAUUAGAAUAAAUGCAGCCUGUUUGUAGCUUUGGAAACCAGAAUCACUGAGUUGGAGUCCCAGCUCCAGACCCUUGAAAAUCCUGCAGCUAGCCAGAGCCCUGUAGUCCAUGUGGGCAACGAUAGCUUGGCCAUCGUUA